AUGUCGGACUCGGGCGACUACGUAGUCCUGGUCCCGUACAACGGAUCAGCCACCGGGACCGGUGGCGAUCCCCUCAACCAGGAUCUCAAUGUCUUUUACAAUGCUGGCGAUAUUUCGUGGAUGAUUGUGGCCACCGCUCUGGUCCUGCUCAUGAUUCCUGGAGUCGGGUUUUUCUACUCCGGUCUCGCUCGUCGCAAGUCCGCUCUGUCCCUCAUUUGGCUUUCGAUCAUGUCUGUCGGCGUCAUCUCAUUCCAGUGGUUCUUCUGGGGUUACUCCCUGGCCUUUUCGCACACGGCGGGCAAGUACAUCGGUGAUCUCCGGAACUUUGGAUUCAAGGACGUUCUCGCCGCCCCGUCCGUGGGGAGCUCGAAGAUCCCAGACCUUUUGUUCGCCAUCUACCAGGGCAUGUUUGCGGCAAUCACGGUCGCUCUGGCUGUCGGCGCCGUCGCUGAACGUGGUCGUAUGCUGCCUUGUGUGGUGUUCAUGUUCGUGUGGUCGACCAUCAUCUAUGACCCCAUCGCCUGCUGGACUUGGAAUCCAUCUGGUUGGGUGUACAAGCUGGGAGGGCUCGAUUUCGCCGGUGGCACUCCUGUCCAUAUUUCCUCUGGCUCUGCAGCUCUGGCGUAUUCCCUCAUGCUGGGCAAGCGCCGCGGUCAUGGAACCCACGAGCUCAACUAUCGCCCGCACAAUGUUACCCACGUGGUUAUUGGAACUGUGUUCCUCUGGGUGGGAUGGUUUGGUUUCAAUGCUGGUUCCGCCCUGAGUGCCAACCUCCGUGCGGUCAUGGCAGCCGUUGUCACCAACCUGGCAGCUUCUGUCGGCGGGGUGACCUGGUGUCUUCUUGACUACAGGCUCGAGAAGAAAUGGUCGACUGUUGGCUUCUGCUCUGGUGUGAUUGCUGGCCUUGUUGCGAUCACCCCGGGCUCCGGAUAUGUCCCUGCGUGGGCGGCCGUGAUCUUCGGCGUUGUGGGUGGUGCCGCAUGCAACUACGCAACCAAGAUCAAGCAUCUUUUGGGCGUGGACGAUGCACUGGAUAUCUUUGCCGUCCAUGCAAUUGGUGGUCUUGUUGGUAAUCUUCUAACUGGUUUGUUUGCGGCCGACUACAUCGCUCGCCUCGACGGGUCCACAGUGAUUCCAGGAGGCUGGAUCAACCACAACUAUAUCCAACUCGGAUAUCAGCUGGCUGACUCCGUGUCUGGAUUCGCGUAUUCUUUCGUUGGAAGCUGCAUUAUUCUUCUGAUUAUGAACUUCAUUCCCGGUCUCAGCCUGCGCGCAUCCGAGGAAGAUGAGAUCAUGGGCAUCGACGAUGCCGAGAUUGGUGAAUUUGCCUAUGAUUACGUUGAGAUCGCUCGAGAUGUCCUUCCCACUUCUGAAGGUGCUUAUUCCUUGGAUCGAAGCUCGAAGCAUUCCAUAAGCUCUGGGACGCAGCAGGCUGAGCCUGUAGAAGCCAAGGCUUAG